AUGUCCCCAAAUAGAUGGGAACUCCCGCGACGCAGCUUCCCCCCAACCCGCCCCGGCUACCUGACAUGGCGGACCAAGCACAAAUCCCAAGCCGCGCUCGGCGUCUCGGCGCUCCUGUCAUCCACGGCCUUUCCACCGACCCCGAAACCCAAGGUCCUCGAGGAUGUCGCCUGUCUGGUGUUCCUCGACGACCAACUUGACGACUUUGAGGCCAAGUCAGACAUGGACGAGGACAAGGCGGUGGGUAUUUUGAGAAAGAAAUGGGGCAGGAUGACAGACGACGGGAAGAAGCUGGCGUCGGGCAUGGACCUGAGUGAGAGGGCCAGGGUGCUGAUAGCCAAAGCGCUCGAGGCCUCGUAG